ACCCAUAACAGUUGGCGAGUCGGCUAAUAAGUGUUAACUACUGUGCCUUUAAGAGGAUGGACGAGCAGAGGGGAAAUUUAAUCGCUCCUUAACGGACCAAAAGCUCAUCAAUUGACUGACGAGCAAGAAGGACGAUUUUCGGAUCUUUGCUGCGUCAAUUCGCUUUUUGCAGCGUCAAUUGCCAAAAAGUUAUUUUUUUCUUUGUUUUUACACGUGGGACUAUGUUGUUAAACUAGUUUAUUAGAUUACGUGUUGCACCUUUCAGAAACAGUCAUCGGGAUUACAAUUACGCGCUACCCACACGGUUAUCGAGGGCUUUUACGCAGCACGGAGUCCUGGGGAGUCCCUCGCAUCCGCCCAUAUCCUGCCUCCUGUUCGACAAGUUCUGUCCCUUUCUUUCCUCACACCAGUUUACAUCGCAUAGCUGUUAAUUGGGGAUUCGGAGCAGUAAAGAACGGUAAAAUGGCUGAGGAGCAGGGGAAAACGGGGAAAGGGAUCAACACUGGGAAACUGGCCACCAGCAUGCAGAAAAGACUUAGCAGAGCGCAAGAAAAGGUCCUUCAGAAGCUGGGUAAAGCUGAUGAGACCAGGGACACAGCGUUCGAGGAGGGUGUGGCUAACUUCAACAAGCAGAUGGCCGAGGGCACCAAACUGCAGAAAGACUUGAGGGCCUACCUGGCAGCAGUUAAAACCAUGCAUGAUGCGUCCAAGCGUCUGCAGGACUGUCUGGCGGAUAUGUACGAGCCAGAGUGGUUUGGCAAGGAGGAGGUGGAUACCAUCGCAGAGGAGAUGAUAGAGAAGGAGAUGGACUAUUGCAUGGAGGAGACAGACAUCCUGUGGUCAGAUUACCAUGACAAGCUUGUGGACAAUUCCAUGAUCGCCAUGGAUACCUAUCUGGCCCAGUUCCCUGACAUUAAGGCACGCAUCGCUAAGCGGGACAGGAAGAUGACCGACUACGACAGUGCGAGGCAUCACUUUGGCUCCCUACAGAAGGGCAAGAAGCAGGACCAGGCCAAGAUCGCCAAGGCAGAGGAGGAGUUAGGGAGAGCUCAGAAAGUAUUUGAGGAGAUCAACGUAGAUCUGCAGGAUGAGCUUCCACAGCUGUGGAACAGUCGUGUUGGCUUCUAUGUCAACACAUUCCAGAGUAUGGCUGGAUAUCAGCAGAGGUUCCACAAAGACAUGGGAAAGCUGAACCAGGACCUGAAUGAUGUCAUGACCAAACUGGAUGAGCAGAGGCUGGCCAAAAAGGCAGGUAAAGACUGGAAGCCUGGACCCAAGAAGAGUGAGGCAGCCGCCGCCAACCACAGCGCUACCCCAGACGCUGCACCCAAGACGAGGCCGGCGCCCCCUGGACCCGCCCCUGUACGCCCGCCCCCCAGCCCCAGACCCUCGUUGACUCCAGCUCCAGACACGCAACAACAGGACAUAAUCUCGUUCGAUGGUGAAGCCCUGGUUCCCGACGCUAACACAACCGCACCGUCACAGGCAACCGCACCGUCACAGGCAACCGCACCAUCACAGGCAACCACCCCGUCACAGCCGCAGGCGGCUUCCUGGGACUCAUGGGAGCCUGAACCCGAGCAUCCCCCUGCAGCGGAGGAGCCCCAGCAGAACGACGACAAAGAGUCCCAGGAGACCAAGGCCGGCUGGGAGGAAGAUGAGCCUGCAGCCAACCAGGGUGGCUGGGGCAAUGAUGAGACUGGGGCCGCCCCGAGCUGGGAUACUGAAGGGACACAGGCUUCUCAGGCAUGCUGGGACCAGGAUGUGACCCAGACUGGGCAUUCUCAGGGUGUCUGGGGCAAUAACGGGGCCCAGGUAGGGGAAGAGGCUGCAGAUGCUGCCUCUGAUGGACAGGCAGGCUGGGGUGAUGCGGGUGCCCAGGCUGGGUGGGCAGAGGAGCCAGCUGCAGACGGGCAGGUGGGCUGGGCUGAGUCUGGGCAGACUGGCUGGGCUGACUCAGAACAGAGCACUGACACUGCCGUGGCAGCCGCUGCAGGGGCUGCAACCACUGCGGUGACCAAUGGGUCUUCUGAGGUGCUGCCGGCUGGAGUCAUCUACAAGGUCAAAGCCAUGCAUGACUAUGCUGCCACCGAUGGAGACGAGCUGGAGAUGAAAGCAGGAGAUGUUGUGCUGGUCCUGGCCUGGGAGAAUCCUGAUGAGCAGGAUGACGGCUGGCUCAUGGGCGUGAAGGAAUCUCAUUGGCUGGAGAACAAAGACCUCUUGGCAAAAGGAGUCUUCCCUGAAAACUUUACCCAGAAGUUGUGAGCCGGACGUCCCAUCCAACCUGCACUCCCCCUUCCCCUCUAAUCCCUCUUCCGUCCUUUGGGACAUCUGCCAGGAUAGAAACAAACCGAAACCACAUCAUCUCAAACCUUGACCCAUGUAUCAAAUGUGCUGGUAUAUUUUAGCAGAUUCGCACGAUUAUUGUUUUGAUUUGUUACAUUUGACUAAGUAAUGUAUGUGUCUUUGCUAAUGCUAAUGUGGUCAGUAAUGUAUUUAUGCUAAGCUAAUGUGGCCAGUAGAAACAAAGAGUAUGCUAGUUUCAAUGAAAAAGUAAUGGAUGUCACAUUGCUUGAACACCUUUUGACAUAUCAUGUAAAAAAAAAAAAAACAUGAAGAGUUGCAUGAUCAUUUUACUGUAGUCAUUUACUUUGUAACAACAUCACACCCCUAGACAGAGAUUGGGACUGCUCUGGUAUCAGUCCUUCAGUUCUGACUGUGAUGAGACGAAAAAUGUACUGGUACUGGACCAGAACCUUGGGGCACACCAGAUUAAAGCAAUGUUGACCUGGGUCAUGUUCGGAAGGGUACUCGAAGAAAAACGUUUUGCAACGUGAAAACAAAAUAAAUCUCUGUUCUUAUUGGACAGUUCAGGUAGUAUACCUCCACAUUCA